UGGCAAUACGGCUCGAGUGAGAGUCUGUACACAGACUCAACAACAAAGGCAAAGCUAUAGCUCAAUAAUAUACACCGAGGACAAAGCAGAGCGGUGUUCAAGCAACAACAGCAUUGAAAUGAACUUCAAUCCAAAUGGUGGUGUUGGUGACAUGUUGAAUUCGGAGUCCGAAGCCGGAAACAGAGUCAUGGUUGUGAUUGAUUCUGGCCUUGAUGCCAAGGGUGCUCUUCAAUGGGCACUUUCUCAUACUGUUCAAAGUCAGGACACCAUUGUCCUUCUUCAUGUUUCCAAGCCUUCCAAACAAGAGUCAAAUAGCCAAAAGGCCCAUGAGCUUCUUUCCUCUAUGAAAGAUAUGUGUGAAAUGAGAAGGCCUGGGGUUCAUGUUGAGACAUCAAUGGUGGAAGGAAAAGAAAAGGGUCCAACAAUAGUAGAAGAGGCAAAGCAGCAGAAAGCGUCACUGCUAGUUUUGGGGCAAAAAAAGAGAUCGAUGGUGAGGCGGCUACGGCGGAUGUGGACCACCGGCCAGAAAAGGAGCCGGGGUAAGGUGGUGGAAGACUGCAUUCAAAAUGCUAGCUGCAUGACAAUUGCAGUAAGGAGGAAGAGCAGCAAUUGUGGAGGAUAUUUGAUCACCACCAAGCGCCAUAAAAACUUCUGGCUUUUGGCUUAGUUGAAAAAAUGUUUAAAAUAUUGAUUGUUCAGUAGUAUCGUUUUCAGAAUAUCAUGUGACAUUAUUUACUGGUAAUUGAAACAAUGAUAGCCUAUCUUUAUUAUCUAAUUGAGAAAUGUAAUUUUUCAUUUUUGGCCACAAAAAUAAUGUUGUAUGAUAUUUUGGAAUUAUUUAAUAUUUUUCAAUUCUUAGGUCCUUUGGUGCAUUGA